GUGUGUGUCGUACGAGGAACCAUUUGCUUGUCGAAGUUCAAAGCCCGACGAGCAAAAUUGCAUAUCUCCCCUGCGCUCUCACUAGUUUCGGCUGAAUUGAGUCCAUCUCUCUUGCAAAGCGAGGAGGAAGCGCUCGUUCAGAUUGUCCGGAGGUGUGGCAAGGUUGGAGAGUAUGGCCAUGGCCAGCGUUGCCGCCAAGCUGCCCAUCGUCCAGCUGGGCUGCACAUCCAAGCCUGCCCUUGCUGCCGCUGCUGCUCCUGCUGCUUCGAUUUCUUCGCACCAGGCCUCCUCCUUCUUCUCCUCAAAUCUCGUCGCUCUGAAACAAUGCAGCAGCAGGCCGUUGUCUGAUUCCAAGGCCAGAGUGCACAAGUCCAGGAGUGGAUUCGUCGUCAAAGCGGAAGCUCGGGCUCUGCCUGAUGCGCUCCUCUUCGACUGUGACGGAGUGCUCGUGGAUACUGAGAGGGAUGGGCACCGAAUUAGCUUCAACAUCGCGUUCUCUGAGAAGGGACUGCCAACAGUUUGGGACGUUGAGCUUUACGGCGAGUUGUUGAAGAUCGGUGGUGGCAAAGAACGAAUGACACACUACUACAAUAAGGUUGGAUGGCCAGAGACUGCUCCCACCAGAGAAGUGGCAAGAAAGGACUUCAUUGCCGGUCUUCACAAGCGCAAGACAGAUCUGUUUAUGGAGCUUGUCGACCAAGGGUCUCUUCCUCUCCGACCUGGUGUGGCCAGCCUCAUCGAUCAAGCCUUGGACAGUGGUGUCAGUGUCGCCGUCUGCAGCACAUCUAACGAGAAAGCGGUUUCAGCCAUAGUGCGAGUGAUGCUCGGUGAGGAUAGGGCUGCAAAGAUCCGUAUCUUUGCCGGAGACAUUGUUCCUCGCAAGAAGCCUGAUCCAGCAAUCUACCAACUGGCCGCGAGAACCCUUGGAGUCUCCGCAGAGAAAUGUGUCGUGAUUGAAGACAGUCAUAUCGGGCUGACUGCUGCCAAAGCUGCCGGGAUGAAAUGCAUCGUUACGAAAAGCGGGUACACGGAAGACGAAGACUUCUCUGCUGCUGAUGCAGUCUUCCCCUGCAUCGGAGAUAAACCCUCGGUGAACUUCGACCUUGAUUUCGCCGCAUCGCUACUGACGUCGACGGCCAGCUCCCUCGCUUGAGUCGUGACACCACAAAAUCUGCCGACUUCUACGUGCUACUACUUGCAUUAACUUCUCGUAACCUCUUCGUGAAGCUGUGAAAGAUGGAGUAUACAUAUCAUAUAUCUUUCGGAGGCCGAUGAAAAUAUGUUACUGCUUUAGUCUUCUUAUCAAUUUGGAACAAAUCAACUUGAGUUUUUAUUGCCACGAAGCUUGUACAGCGCCGUGAAGCACACAUUGUUGAAGGUCUCCAAUUGGAAGAGAAAUGAAGAAAAUCACAUGUUCAACUUGGAAUGU